AUGGGCUACCGGUUAUCGGACGUGAACUUCGGGAAUAUAAACCUACGUAACGGCGCUUACGAUAAAUACGAUGCCUAUAACCAAAGCAAACUUUGCAACGUUUUGUUUAGCCGGGAACUGGCUAAACGUUUGCAAGACACUAAUAUCAACGCUUAUAGCCUGCAUCCCGGUGCUAUUAACACCGACAUCAAGAGAUAUAUCAGUAGUAGUGAGGGUGUGAGUAGAUUCCUACUCAUGACACCCGAGAUGGGCUCCCAGACCACACUCUACUGUGCAUUGGAUGACCAGUUGGACAAUGAGUCCGGAUUUCAUUACGAGAAUUGUCGUCGCGUUCAACAUAUGGUCGGCCAGUCUGUGGACGACUCGAUUGCACACAAACUCUGGGAACUGAGCGCCGAUUUGGUUGCACUCGAAACACAUCUCACGAUUUGAAUGCAAUUAUAAUCGCAUUAAAUGUGUAUUUAUAUAAUAAGCCACAAAAAACCUUAACACUUGACAGCUUUGUACUAAACUUUAUGAUUGAAUCGAUUGAUUGCUUCAGUUUUAUAAGAAAAAUGGGAA